GAAACCCGUAAAAUUUGAGAAUUGUUCUCCAAGGACACCGAUUUUGGGAUUGAACAAACAUAUGGAUUAACCUCUGAUAUUUUUCUUAGCUGCAAGCUCCAGUGAGAUUCAGAAAAUCAUCUCCAAACACAAGAAACUGGCAAAGUGAUCUGAACAGCAUAGGCUGCUAGAUCGUACAACCAAAAACCAAAAAAAAGAAAAAAGGAAAGACAAGGUUUGAAAAUGGCUCACGAGUCACUCUCAGAAACUCCAGAUAUCUCGCCGCCUUCAUCUACAGCACAGUUGCAGUCAGAUCCAUCUCUUUCAAGGAACGGAUCUUUUAGCCGGCUCAACGCCCAGGCACCAGAAUUUGUGCCAACUCGAGCCACCCCACGGACCGAUUUGCAGCAACCUAGGCUUGUUGUACCACCUCCUCCUCCAGCUUCUAGUAUGGUACACGUUUAUUCACCGCCCCAUUUACCGAUUCAAGGUCAUGUCGUCCCGGUACAGAAUCACCAUCAUAAUCUUGGCCAUCAGCAUCACGUUCCAGUUCACUACCGGCCUCAUCAUCACCCACAUCAGUAUUACGUUAGUUCUGAUUCUACCGUGCAGCAGUCUCAAGUUGACCCAGAUCGUCUUCCUUCUUCCAAAAGCAAGCUGUCUGAUGAAGCCAGUCAGAAAAUUUUGAAUCAGGUGGAGUAUUAUUUCAGUGAUUUAAACUUAGCUACUACCGAUCAUUUGAUGAGGUUCAUCAACAAAGAUCCAGAAGGUUUUGUGCCUAUAUCUGUUGUUGCAUCUUUCAAAAAGAUUAAGGCCCUCAUAACCAGUCACUCCCUACUUGCGACUGUUUUGAGGAACUCAUCAAAGCUCGUGGUUAGUGAAGAUGGAAAGAAAAUCAGACGCCAGUAUCCCCUGACUGAGUCUGAUAUAGAAGAGCUACAAUCUCGCAUUGUUGUAGCUGAAAACCUACCUGAGGAUCAUUGUCAUCAGAAUCUUAUGAAGGUUUUCUCAGCAGUUGGGAGUGUGAAGACUAUCCGUACCUGUCCACCUCAAACCUCCAAUAGUGGGGCUUCUUCUGCUUUGAGAUUGGGAAAAGUUGAUGGUUUGCCUUUAUCUAACAAGUUGCAUGCAUUUGUUGAAUAUGAAUCUAUUGAGCUGGCUGAGAGAGCAGUUGCUGAGCUGAAUGAUGAGGGAAACUGGAGGAGUGGCCUCCGGGUUCGCCUAAUGCUUAGACGCAUGUCUAAACCAUCCCAAGGACGAGGAAAGAAGGGACUUGAUGUUGAAGUUGGCUGUGAUGAGGAUUAUACUUCUGUGCCUGAGCCACAUGCAAGUGAGAAACAAUUAGAAGAGGCUUCCUUCCCUGAUACUCAGUUGCAUGAACAUGCUGGAGAAGAGCAUGGUUAUGAAAAAGAGACUGGGCAAAGGAAAGGUCGAAGCCGGGGCCGGGGUAAGGGACGAGGCCGAGUGCAUUGUCAUCAGAAUAAUCGUGUGGGAACACCCCCUUCAAAUAAUACCAUUUUCACGGAUCAAGUAAUUGCCAAGCAACCACCAGGGCCCCGAAUGCCGGAUGGUACAAGAGGAUUUUCAAUGGGUAGGGGGAAGCCGGUAGCUGUUAAUAUAGCCUAAUUUGUUCGAUCAAUGCUUAUGCAAGUUUGUCGUUGUACUUGUAGCUGAGUAUAUGUUAUGCUGUAACAGUGUGAUUGUGACAGUACUAGUUUGGCUGGGGCAAUCUGAAACAGUCUUCUUAACGUGUGUUUUGUCUGUUAGAGACGAUGUGAACCGCCUAGAAAGUACAAAAGAAAUUUAAGGAUAGACUAAGGAGGGAGUCAGCUUUUAGGUGAAAAAAUGUGUGAAAAUGCAGACAUGCAAUAUAAAGCUCGUUUGAUUGUGUGGAAAAUAAAAUAUCUUGAAGGCAUAUGAUAAUGAUUACAGUUUUGUAAAA